CCCGCAUCCUCCCGCCGCACCGACCCCCCCGGGCCCCCCAUGGGGAACAGAGGACGGCUCCGUAGAUCCCGCCGAGCUCCCGCCUGGACCAAGAGGACGGGCCGAGCGAGAAGUUUCGGAGGAGGACAAAAGCGGCCCCGGUUCCUUGGGCAGUGUUUGUGUGGGCACUAAGCUCGUGGCACCGUCAUUCCCUGGGCCGGGAUGGGUGAAUCCAAGGCGUUGGAGGUUCCCCAAGUGACCAGCCACAAUGAGAGCUCCGGCCCUCGCCUGAUCCCUUUCCUGCUGAUAAAAAUGAUCAACAAGUCUCGAGGGAAGAUACUCGGGGUGCUGGCGCUGUUUCUGGUGAUGGUUUGGUACUCGAUCUACCGGGAAGACAGGUACACACAGCUCUUUUAUUUCCCUGUGCAAGAAAACAACAAGACAACGUGUCCUCUUGGGGAGCUGGAAAAAAAAGCGGCGCAGCUCAUCAGGAACUACACCAGGGACCACCCACUCUUCUUGCAGCUGAAGGACUAUUUUUGGGUGAAGACGCCGUCGCUCUACGAGCUGCCCUACGGCACCAAGGGAAGUGAAGACGUCCUCCUGCGCUUGCUGUCCAUCACCCACUACUCCGUGCCUGAGAGCAUUCAGAGCCUGAAGUGCCGGAAGUGUGUCGUGGUGGGCAACGGCCACCGGCUCCGCAACAGCUCCAUGGGGGACACCAUCAACAGCUACGAUGUGGUGAUCAGGCUGAACAACGCCCCGGUCCACGGUUAUGAGCAGGACGUGGGCUCCAAGACCACCAUGCGCCUCUUCUACCCGGAGUCAGCCCACUUCGACCCCCGGACCGAGAACAACCCCGACACGCUGCUGGUGCUCGUGCCCUUCAAGCCCAUGGACUUCCAGUGGAUGGAGGCCAUCCUUAACGACAAGAAGAGGGUUCGGAAUGGGUUUUGGAAACAGCCGCCGUUGAUCUGGAACGCCGACCUGGAGCAAGUGCGCAUCCUCAAUCCCUACUACAUGGAAGUAACUGCUGCUAAACUGCUCAACCUCCCCUUGAAGCAACCACGGAAGAUCAAACAGAAGCCCACCACAGGGCUGCUGGCCAUCACCUUGGCACUGCACUUCUGUGACCUGGUGCACAUCGCGGGCUUCGGCUACCCCGAUUCGACCAACAAGAAGCAAACCAUCCACUACUACGAACAGAUCACGCUCAAGUCCAUGGCCGGGUCGGAGCACAACGUGUCACACGAGGCCGUGGCCAUCAAGCGGAUGCUGGAGCUGGGACUCGUCAGGAACCUCACCUACUUCUGAGGGCGGCGGGGCUGCGCAGGGACACCGCUCCCAGGGCGAGGAGACACCGUCCCCUUCAGCGAGGGGAGACACGGCGCCGGCGUGGCCGGAGUGACCGAGGGCACGGCAUCCUUGUCACCGCCGCCACCGCGCCCUGGGACUCCUGGGGCAGGGCUGGGGCUGGGGGCCGCGCUGGACCGCGGGUGCCCAGGGCGGGCCAGCUCUCGGGGGGCGCAGGGAGCCCGGCGGGGCCGCGGCCCAGCGCCUUUUCUACUGACGCACUGAAGCUACCGAGGAUUUGGAGGGGGUUUUUGGGGUCCAGGAUCCUCCCUCCCAGCGGGCCUGAGGGGGUGAGUCAGGGCAGGAGUCCUAGUCCUGGAUAUUCUCUUUCCCUUAAUUCCCUCACGCACUGACGAGGGCCCUGCUGAGGGGCUGAUUUUGGGGGUCUUGACCCCUCCCCGCCCAGGGAAUGGGAGCCUUUGGAGGCUGAUGUUGCCUUCUCCCUGCCCUGGACCUCUCCCCAAAUAUUUAAUUCCUCCCCCCCCUUUUUUUUUUUUUUUUUUUAAUUUCCUUUUUUACUUAGCGGCCCUGUCCUGUGCCUUAGCGCUGGCGUAGGGACUCGUCCCCACAGCCCCCCUGGGUGGGGGCACCCUGGGGUGCUUGGCUUCGGGGUCUUGGCCAGGGCCCUUUGGUGGUGCAGAUUAAUUUAAUUAAUUUAAAUGCUUAUUUAUGGUGGAGCCUUCACCCAGGGCCCGCGUACCACUGGCGUCAGGGACAAGAGGCCUUGGGCGGGCUGUGCUCGGCUCCAGGGGUGGGCAUUUGGGAUGUCCCCCCACCACGGAGGGGUUGACUGGUGCCUUCUCCCCACUGGGGUGGGGUCCCCUGUGCCCCCGUGGGGCUGCAGGUGUUGGGGGGACCCACGGACGGGGGUGUUGGGGCUCAUGCUGGCACCCAAUAAAGUCCUGGUGAGGCUGGGA